AUGAUGCAAGUUGGAUCAACGCUUCCAGCUCACAAUCUGAACCUGUCUCUGGCCAGAAGAGCUAGCUUCAGAAACUACACAUCUCCAUUGAACCCAUUAACAAGAACGCCUUCUUCUUGCUCUUACUCUGCUGCAGCCUCCGUUUCUUCACAGACCAUUUCUCGCAAAGCCGUUUCUACCUCGACCGAGGCGACCCGGCUCCACCUCGCCAACCUCGACAAGCUCCUCCAGACCCAACCCCCACCCAAAACUCAGCUCGACCCACAACCCGAUCUUGAGAAUUACAAGGAUCAGAAUACUGGGUCGGUGGAAAACAGGGGGGGAAAGGGGCUCCUUGAAGGGCUCAAUUUGGCCAGGCUAUGGCCGCAAGUGAAGGCAGCUGAAGAAAUGUCGCCGAGGCACCUCAACCGCCUCCAGCGCCUCUUGUCCAAAACCGGAGAGUACUCUCCGAGGAACAACCUGGGCACCCGGUGGCGUGAGUAUCACGGGUCAAAUAACUGGGCCGGGCUGCUCGACCCGCUCGACCAGAAUCUCAGGCGAGAGGUCGUCAGAUAUGGCGAGUUUAUUCAGGCGGCUUAUCAUUCGUUUCAUUCGAAUCCGGCUAUGUCAGCAGAGGAGGCUCAACUGCCUCGCCACGUGGCGUUGCCGGAUAGAUCUUAUAAGGUGACCAAGAGCCUUUACGCUACGUCAUCUAUCGGGCUGCCCGAUUGGGUCGAUGACGUGGCACCAGAUCUCGGUUGGAUGACUCAGCGAUCGAGCUGGAUCGGGUAUGUUGCGGUCUGUGAUGACAAGCGGGAGAUCUCACGGAUGGGAAGACGGGAUAUCGUCAUUGCCCUCCGUGGGACCUCCACGUGUCUCGAGUGGGUUGAGAAUAUGAGGGCCCAACUCAUUCAGAUGCCCUCGACCGAAGGUGGAGAGCAAGCACAAGCAAAAGUGGAAUGCGGAUUUCUGAGUCUUUACAAAACACGCGGGGAGCACGUGCCCAGCCUUUCCGAGUCAGUGGUGGAAGAGGUCAAGAGGCUGAUGGAGCAAUACAAAGGGGAGACACUAAGCAUAACUGUGACAGGACACAGCCUUGGCGCUGCCAUAGCCUUGUUAGUAGGCGACGAGCUCAAGACAUGCGCGGAGGAGAUGCCGUCGGUGGCGGUGUUCUCCUUCGGUGGACCCCGGGUGGGCAACCGGGGCUUCACAAAGCGAAUGGAUGACAAGAACGUGAAGGUUCUAAGGAUUGUGAACUCCCAAGACGUGAUCACAAGGGUUCCCGGCAUAUUCAUCGGUGAAGGAGUGCUCGAGGAGAAGCUGAAGAGCGCAAAGGUUGGAGGAUUCGUCGACAUGAUUGACAGGAACAUGCCUUUGGCAUACUCACAUGUUGGGACAGAAUUAAGGGUUGACACAAAAAUGUCACCUUAUUUGAAGCCAAAUGCAGACGUGGCUUGCUGCCAUGACUUGGAGGCAUACUUGCAUUUGGUGGAUGGGUUCUUGGCAUCUAACUGCCCAUUUAGAGAGAAUGCAAAGAGAAGUUUAGUGAGGUUGCUUCAAGAUCAAGGAUCUAAUGUGAAAAAAUUGUAUACAAGCAAGGCAAAUAACUUGACUAGGUUAAAACUUGAAAGAGAGGGACUGCAAAUGGCUUCUUGUUUGCCUAGUCCUUCAUCUUAA